AUGCGACAGGAGGACGCCAGGAAAUGGAUGCAAUGCGAGACACGCCUUGUACGCUGCACUGACGCCAUCCGGAUGCACUACAAGGUGUACGGCACAACACCUCUGAAACCGUCUUCCUUCGGUUUCAAUAGCAUUCACAAGACUCACAGGCUAGCAAAGUGUCUUGUCGCCGUUGCCCACGACUGGUUCAUUAUCUGGAUGGGGUUCCUGUCAUACCUCAUUGCCCAAUCGCGCGCAAACCCGUUCAAUUGGCCCGAUCGCAAACGGAAGGACUGGGGUCAGAAAGGGACGCUCCCCAAGUGGUACAUGGUGCUCCGAGAGGAAGGAUUCCCGGAAGACUGGCUCAGUGGCCUCUUGACAUCGGACGUAUGCGAUUUCUCUCAACGAACGCCCCGUGCAGGCAUCGUGAUCGAUUGGACAUUGAUGCAGCGGUACCUGCGCGUCAACUUUGCCACUGAAAAUCUCGACAAGGCUGCUGUGCAAGUCCUCAAAUUGCACCACCGAGCAGUGCUGGCCACCCAACUGCAAGAGAUCGUAGACGCUGCCCGGGAGCGGCAGCGACUCGAGGCGAGCCACGCUGCCUCGCUCCCGUUCCAAGCGAUGGUUGAUAGGGAUGACGGUGGUGGCGACCUUUAUGACACGACGACGUCUUCACGACUCACGAAUGAAUGGGACCUGUUUCACGAAUUUGCACCUGAACUCAAGUUGAAGAAUGGUCAGGAGUAUGCAGGCUAUGAGCAUUCAGACGGCGAGGAUGAUGGCUUUGAUCCUUUUGAAGGCUACGAGCACCUUUAUGUCGGCGAAGACCAGAAUGUCUCAACCUCUCCAGACGGAAUCCCCCCCUCUGGUACCUCUCCUGGUCCUUCCCCUGCCUCUCCUGAACCCGAACAACCAGGAGACCCCAUGGACACUGAAAUCAACAUCCUCGCCUCUUCUGGUUUGCCAGCACCUUGUGACGACCUCAGUGAAGUGUUGGACCAGCCUUUGGUGACAACCUUUGCGUUCAACACUGUGGAACGUAUCAAUGAGGACCUAUACAUGUUCCAGCUACCUCCUUCCCCCUCUUGCAAAUGGGUCAUCGGUGUUGAUCCCCCACGACUGUUCUUUACAUCUGUCGACUGGUCGCCUCCGCUCCGAACACGCAUACGGUGCUAA